AUGGAGACCGCCACCGCCUCCGCCUCCUUCUCCGACUCUUCGCAUCGCCCCGGUCGCCUUCGUCGCUUCAGCCAGCUGCGACAGAACCUGUCGGGCCAUCGCUCGCGCAACAGUAUCAGCAAUCGAGUUUCUUGGUUAUCCUCCUCGUUGCCCGGCCGCGAUUCCACAGUGACGCAGGUGGGGAACUCCACUGCUCCAUGCCCCGACAGUGACCAACCCACCCUCGCUCGCUACACUUCGGCGCCCACCUCGAGCUCCCGCGCGCUGGCUCUUGACAACCAGCCCUCCUCGACCGACUCCGCUCGCUCGAAUUCUCCAAACGAGCCAUCCCGGACAUCCAAUGUCAUGGCCCGGCUGAGAAGCUCCUCCGCCAUGCAGGGUCGACCACCCCGAACCCUGGGCCGAACCACCACCCCAGACGGCCCAACGACGUCCCCAGAACCAACAGCCGCCGCCGCCGCCGCGAACGAUGCGCCUGCCGAGGGGAUCAGUACCCCGCCGGUCGAGAUGCAGGAGGGAGAAGAAGAGGCGAACAAGCCAAAGCAGAAGGCCACCAUCCGAUUUUUCCCUUACCAAGACACCUACCAAAACUCACGACCGUCGCUACCCUUUGUCCCCGUCGCUCGCACCCUGCCGUCCGAAAGCUGCGUGAUUCGCGUCGGUCGCUACUCCGAACGCGAUGGCAUUCCGAUCCCCAACCCGGCCGAGCCCUCGGAUGCCCCCGUGGGCUUCAAGUCGAAGGUGGUGAGCCGCAAACAUUGCGAGUUCAUGUUUGUCAAUGGCCAGUGGCACGUCAAGGAUGUCGGAAGCUCGUCUGGGACGUUCUUGAACCACAUGCGCCUCAGCCAACCAAACAUGACCUCCCGGCUGUAUUCCAUCAAGGACGGCGACAUCGUGCAACUGGGCAUCGAUUUCCGGGGAGGUGAGGAGAUGAUCUUCCGCUGCGUUCGGAUCCGAAUCGAAUGCAACCGCUCCUGGCAGCAGCAGCCCAAUGAGUUUAACAAAAACACCGAAAGCCUCAUCAAGAACCUUGGCAAAGGAGACACCGCAGACUAUUCCGGUUGUCGCGAAUGCUCGAUCUGCCUCGGGUCCGUAUUGCGGCCCUACCAGUGUUUGUUCAUGGCAGCAUGUGCCCAUGUCUGGCACUACAAGUGCAUUAGUCGCCUGCUGCAUUCGCCCGACUACCCCAUGUUCCAAUGUCCCAACUGCCGUGCGUUUACAGACCUGAGCGCCGAGGUCGACGACACGCCCGAGUACGAAACCGAGAGUAAAAAGGCGGCUGCGGCGAAGGCUGGACCCGCGCCGGAAGAUGAGACAGAAGGUCCAUCUCGCUCAGCAACGCAGACACCCGCAGAGGCACCGGCUACAAAUGCCGCUGGGGAGAGCUCGGAGCCACAGGAACAAUCCGAGGGCCGGGCUGAAGAGGGUGAAUUGGUCACCGAUGUCGAAAACCUGCAUCUGCGAGAAGAGCAGUUGGCCGAGGCGGACGCAGAAAGUCGAGGCUCCGACUCACCGGCUCCAAAUGGUAGUAACGAUGAUCUUGCUCGGAGUGCGACGAUCAACAUUCCUGGCUUCCAGCCAACACAACCUCUGAAUGUCCCGCCCGGUCGGUCAUCACACCUGCGAGCCGAUACUCCAGUUCGCUCGGAAACGUCCGAUGACAAUCCCCUGACCCCUCGAAAUGACUCCGGGCCGUUGGCGUUCGAUGGCCGUGCAGGAAUGCAAUGA